AUGGAUUUGUUGAGGAAAAUCGUUCUACUUUGUACCUUCCUCGUAAUUACUGAUUCUGCCCCGCCGACAUGCUACUCUGCUGUUUUAAGAUUAAGUAAGGGAAUUAUGGACUCUAUGAACAGAUUGGAGACGUUUUCGAUCACGAAACGCUGUCUCGCUCACCUGCCGAAGCUCUACAUUGACGUGCAUAACUCCUGUGUGAUGGUCAAGCUUCGUGACCAUCUCUACGCUUUGGAAAAUCUCAUCACUCCCCAGUGCAGGGAGCUAAAAAGGAUUGUCUUCCUGAAUGCGCGCAUCAGGCGCUUGUACAACAUGAUCAACCGACUCUGCUACCGGGACCUCGUGUUCUUCACUGACGACUGCGCGGCACUGGAACACCCACCUCCUCCACCAGAACCGCAAGACGAGCUCUUGAAAUGAAAACUUCAAAGUGGAUUUACAUUGAGCCCACAAUAGUUAAAACCGCACCCAACCGCCUUAGAACAUGGAAUCAAAAUCUACCGUAUUAUUUCAACCAAAAGGCACGCUUUAUGUAUGGGUAGGGAUGGCAAGGUCUUUGCCGAACGGUGGGUUGCUGUUUUGUAUGCCGUGGGCAAAUUAGUUAAAGUGUGUUACUUCAUAGGAGGAGGGAGGAAUGGGGAUCUGAAGUUAGUGUUUGCUAAAUUCGACCUUCUGGUUGGUGCUGUAAUGUACAAAAAUAAACGAGGUAAGCAAAAUAAUGAUGGUGUCUCUAUUGACAUUGUAUUCCCGCCUUGACUAUAAAGCGAGGGUGAGGAGCUGUUGUACUGUAUUAAACCAACAUUAUUAUAGAAUGUUACACCAUCGUGACCUGUAACGGCUCUUUCCAGAGCUAUCAAAGUAGUACAAGCCCGACACUCCACACCGCCACCUUUCAGAGUAUAUAUCCAAACUGCUUUUGAAAACAACUGUUGCAUUUACAAGCGCUGUUUCAGGAUGAAUAUUGCUUCUGAAAUCAUAUAACCAUUUGUGUAAGAGCUGCAGCAUUAUGCAUCUGCCUCUUUGAGCUAUUUUUCUUCCAGCACAUGCAUCUCCCACACCCCUCCCCGACUGUCACACACCCCACAGUCUGACUCCGUCUUCAUGGAAAACUCUUCAAUAACGUGCACUCUAAAAAUGUUUCAAGAACUUAUGCAGUUUGAAUGUAUCUGUCCUUCCUAUUUCAAUGGCAGUUUUUUUCAUGUUGUGGCUGUUGGUAGGUCAAGUGUAUUAUCUCCGUAUUCAAAAAUAAAUUCAUUUCAAAUA